CGCUGAUAGUAACCAGACUAUUACUGCAAGUGCGCGGCGUGGCAACAUGGCACGUUAUCCGGGAGAAGAGAUGAGCAGCAGACAAAAGAGAGUGGUGAUGGUAAUGGCAUGGUGCUGGGCAAUGGGUAUGGAACGAGACAGGCAAACCGAGCUGGUUCAGUAUGGACCAGUUGUCACCUUCCUAGAUCGAGUAGUACGCGUGCUGGUGCCCGUGCUUGUUGGUACAACAGAGCUCUGUGGACCUCUAUUCACUUUGGUGUCAGCGUUAACUGGGGUGCUCGGCGCCUUCAAAAAGGCGAAAACACACACCUGUGAUCUCGUGGCUUGGGGAUAUCAUGAGCCCGAGCCCUGUGCUUAUCAAGAUCAGAAAGAACUUGACCGUUACGUGCUGGGAGAAAAAGUGAUCAAUACACUUUUGAAGGGUAUGUUUGAACUCGCAGCCCGGCCACAGACACUCGUGGUUGAUGCAGCCACCUCUAGAACCCCUCCCAGACGACCGAGCCGGGUAGCGGUGCCUUCUGAAAAAGGGCUCCAUCUGGUUCGUAGAUGGUCUCUGGGGAAUGGGCCCUUGCUCAUGGAGCCCAUCAAAGAGAAUUUGGAGGUGCUGGAUGUAUUUUGGGUCCGCAUUUGGGUAGCGGCGUGCCAUACGCAGGGCCUCCCUGUACUCUUCGCUCAGAUGCUCCAUCGAGGAUGCGCUCGCGAGAGAGGAAGUACUAGAGGUAGCGUGGUUAGGAGAGAACGGGGAUAUGGGAUCAGUGGCCAUUUGUUGCAUAUUGGGUGGAGGCAUUUCUUGUGUCCCGAACGAGAGGAGGAGCCGACCGUUCGGGUUGACUCUCAUGUGGUCUGCGUGCUUGUGAAUGAAUCCAAGGCCGGUUGGAGCGUUGGUAUCUCUUGGGUUGUUCACUAG